AUGCCGCCCUGCGUGGUUGACCUCGUUUAUGGCACCAUGGAGGCGCACAUGAUUCAUGAGGAUGCGGAUGUGCUGGGGUGGCUGGUGCUGGACAUCGCGGACGCUUUCUGGACGUUGGGCCUGCGGCCGAGCGAGCGCAAGUUCUUCGCUGGCAAGCUGCGUGGUAAGUGCUACAUAUCUCACCGGCUUGCGCAGGGCAGCCGGGGGGCACCUCUUGCUUGGUGCCGCUUCUUCGUUCUGGCCAUGCGCCUGACCGCGGCGAUGUUCGACGCGGCGGAGCUGAGCGCGAAGGCGUGCGUGGGCGACCCGGCCCUCGCUAGCGCAGGCGCAGGGGAGCAGCGAUCCAGGAUCAAGGCAAUCGUAGUUCUCGCCUGGCGCGCGUUGAACUUGGACCUAUCGUUCCGGAAAGGGCAGGGCGACGCAGUCAGCGAGCUCAAAGAGAUCAUAGGCAGCAUCCUGGAGACCAACGUGGUCAGUACGCAGUCGCUGCGCGCCUCAACGCCGCGAGGCGGCGGCCCCGGUCCACCGUCGCCGCGCGCGGGGGCAACAUCACUAAUUAUGUUGACCAUGGUCCUCCGCUUGAAGAGCUCCAGCCGGGGCUUGAACAUCAUCGCCAGGGAGCUGGCGCUGGAGCUGGCCGAGGCUGCGCAUAGGCCUUUGGUCGCCGAGCAUAUUCCUGGCGCGGCCAACGUGCUGGCCGACGUUUUGAGCCGCGCCGCCGACCCGUCCAAGCCGCGGGCGUUGCCGCCGGCGCUGCGCGAGGCCAGCCGCGCGCGCGCCCCCGCUCGCGGCCGCUCGAGGCAUCGAGCGCUCAGCCCCCCGCCCGCCUCGCCCGCGGCAGCGGGGCAGUCUGAGCCGGGGCUCCUGCAGA